UCUGCCUCUGUGGCGCACUCGACACCUCCGCUGCGCCACACCCUUGCUACUGCGCCGCGCGCCAUGUCCGCCGCCACGCUCUCGGCGCUGCUGCCGGCGCCCAGCGCGCACGUCGCCGACUACAGCGACGACGGCUCGGCGUCUGAAGGCGAGGGUGCCGCACCGGCGCCGUCGGCUGUCGCCACGACCAGUGCGCCGCCGUACGGCCGCCGCACUGGCUGGAAGCCGCGCAAGCAGGAGGACUUUGGCGAUGGCGGCGCGUACCCGGAGUGCCACAUCGCGCAGUACCCGCUCGAGAUGGGCCGCAAGAAGUCGGCUGGCUCUGGCACGUCGCUCUCGCUGCAGGUCGACGCCGACGGCAACGUCAACUACGACGCCAUUGUGCAGCAGGGGCGCAAGGACGGCCAGCGCGUGCAGUCGCACUUCCGCGACAUGGUGCCCAUGGCGCAGCGCGACGACAUGAAGGAUGCGUCUCUCGAGCGGCCCGACGAGGCCUCUGUGCUCUCGACUGCCGAGCGCACGCGGCUGGCACUCGAGAAGAUCACGCAGGGCAAGAUCAAGAGCGCGCAGCCGAAGCACGUGCCCAAGGUCGGUGGCGAGAGCUCCUUUGUGCGCUACACGCCCGGCGCACAGGGCUCGCAGGGCUCGCAGCGCAUCAUCAAGAUGACGGAGACGGUGGAGGACCCGCUGGAGCCGCCGCGGUGGAAGUUCAAGAAGCUGCCUCGCGGCCCGCCCAGUCCUCCGCCGCCCGUGCUGCGCAGUCCGCCGCGCAAGGUCACGGCCGCAGAGCAGAAGGAGUGGAUGAUCCCGCCGUGCAUCUCCAACUGGAAGAACAACCUCGGCUACACGAUUCCGCUGGACAAGCGUCUGGCAGCCGACGGGCGAGGCCUGCAGGACGUGCACAUCAACGACGGCUUUGCACACUUCAGCGAGGCGCUGCAGCUUGCAGAGCGUCACUCGCGCGAGGAGGUGCACCAGCGUGGCAUCAUGCAGCAGAAGCUCGCGGCCAAGGAGAAGGCGGCGCGCGAGGAGCACCUGCGUGCGCUGGCGCAGCGGGCCCGCGACGAGCGUGCCGGCAUCGCACCGAGCACAGCACCGGGCAGCAGUGCGGCUGCAGCGGCGGUGCCUGGUCGCAUGACGGCUGCAGCGGGUGGCAGCAUGCCUUCGGCACUCGCGGGCUAUGGAAGCAGCGACGAGAGCGACAGUGAUGAGGAGGACGACGAGGCGGCGCGCGAACGUGAUCGCGUGCGCGCAGAGCGCAAGCGGGAGCGCGAGCGCGAGCUGCGCAUGAACAGCAUGGGCACGGAGCAGCGUGCGAGACUGCUGGCAAGAGAGCAGAACCGCGACAUCUCCGAGAAGGUCGCGCUCGGCCUCGCCAAGCCCACAGCCGCAGCCGACCAGAUCGACUCGCGGCUCUUCAAUCGCGAGACGCUGUCUGGCGCCUUCGCAGAUGAGGACUCCUACGCACACUUCGACAAGCCGCUCUUCCAGGGCAGCAGUGCCGCGGCUGCCAUCUACCGACGUCCUGGCGCAGGCGGCGCCGACGAUGUGUAUGCUGGCACGGAGGAGAGCGCGAGAGAGGAGAUGCAGAACGACCGCUUUGGCCUUGGCAAGGGUCGCGCCUUCGAUGGCGCUGAGCUGCAAGAGGAGCGCUCUGGCCCAGUCAUGUUCGAGAAGGACACGGCCGAUCCCUUCGCCAUCGACGCCUUCCUCGACGACGCCAAGCGCGGCACCAAGCGUGCAGGCCUUGAGACAGCCGAGACGGCACGGGCGAAGCGGCAGCGCGAUCUGGACGACUGAAACGACUCAACGGCGCUCAUGCAAUACACUUCGGUCUCACUGGCAGUUCGGGUGCUGAUCGCGAGCAUCGCACUAGGUCGCUGCGGCUCAACGUCAGCCACGCGGUGUCCCGAUGCGCUAGCUGGGCGGCCCACGCUACUGCAUCUGAGAGCGGGAGGCGGCGUCGCUGCUGCGCCGAGUACAGCUGCGUCCGUUGCGCUAGCCUUUGGGCGCAGCCUUUCACAGCGGCAGCAUACGGGAGCCACACACGAAGAGCACGGUGACGCGGUGUGUGAUUGCUAGCGGCAGAAGAGGACGCUGUCCCACGCUCGGUGCGAAUCGGCAAGGCCCAGAAUGAGAGUGUGUGAGGCAGGUAUGU